AUGCAGCAAGUGGACGACCCCCCUUAUUUAACAGUUGGAACGGAGGUUAGCGCCAAAUAUAAGGGGGCGUUCUGCGAGGCCAAGGUACGCAAGGUGGUGCGCAACAUCAAAUGCAAGGUCGCGUACAAACAGCAAGGCCUAGGGUCCGGUGUCGUCUCGGACGACCAGAUCAAAGGUGCGCUGCGAGUGGGUGCAACGGUCGAGGUGAAACACCCCGAAAGGAAAGAGUACGUUGAGGCGACACUUACGAAGAUCCAGGACUGCUCGCAGUACACGGUCGUGUUCGAUGAUGGGGACAUAACGACCCUCCGGAGAAGUGCGCUGUGUCUGAAGAGCGGCCGACACUUUAACGAAAGCGAAACGCUGGAUCAGCUUCCCUUGACACAUCCGGAGCAUUUUGGCAAUCCGGUCAUCGGAGGACGAAGGGGUCGUAGAUCCCGUCACCUGCUGCCCGAUGAAAGCUCGGACGAGGAAGAUGAACCGACAACCCAUUCUCGCUCGAACGCAAGCGACAAGGAGGAAAACAUCGGCAAGGUGGUUUGCGUCGAGACCAGCGAUAACAAGAAGAAAAACCCGAAGGAAAACUGGUUCCCGGGGCUGGUGGUCGCACCAACCGCUCAGGACACGGUACGCAUCCGCGUGAAAGACGAAUAUUUGGUGCGUUCGUUCAAAGACGGUCGGUACUACACUGUGCCGAAAAAGGAAGCCACCGAAUUCACGCGCGACAGCGUAAAUAAGUCGGAAGCGGCCGCUGUUUCCGCCGCGAUCGAAUACAUGGACAACGAUGUACUUCCGCCGCACUGGGAUCGCGAGGCACUGUUUGGAAUGUCCGGAAGCUGCAGCGAUUCGGAUCAGGAGCUGGAAACAGACAGCUCCGAUGACGAACCCACCGAGGAGAAGGAUCAUUUCGUGGCGCAACUCUACAAAUUCAUGGAUGACCGUGGCACGCCGCUUAACAAGGCUCCGUCGAUCACGAACCGCGACGUGGAUCUGUACCGGUUGUUCCGGGCGGUGCAAAAAUUGCACGGGUACAAUCGCGUCACCACUCAGAAUCAAUGGAAGCAGAUUGCGCUACGGUUAGGCUUUUCACCGGCUACCGCCAGCAUAACCAACCUCGUUAAGCAGGCAUACAAGAAGUUUCUGUUUUCGUUCGAGGAGUUCAACCGAAAGCUCGGAUGUACGAUGGUGCCCCAUCCUAAGACGAGUCGCUCGAAGGGCCGUAGCUUGGUCCGUGCUAGCUCGGUGCAAUCCCCGAAGCUAACGGAGAAAGAGAAGCAGCAAACGGCAAAGGAAAAGGCAGUGGCGGCUCUGGCAGCAGACUCAUCAUCCAAAGCAAACAGCUCGUCGUCUUCCGUGGUCGCGGUAUCGGCUGCAGUGGCCGUCACAGUUGCGGAAACAUCAAACUCGGCCGUGGAGGAGUCAGGCAACACGAGUGAAUCGAGUGCGGCGGAAAGUGCGGUAUUGCGGCCAAGCGCCACCAAACGGAAAGCCGGUGGGGGGAAGGUUAAAGCGCUGGUGGAUAAAUUCGAGGAGAAGGAGAAGGAACGUGAGAAGGAAAAGUCUUCGGUGGCAAGUAGCAAAGCGUCGGGAGAUAGUAGUGGAACGGCCAGCAAAAAAGAGGAACCAACGGUAGCUAAAAAGGAAAAGUUUACUCCCAAAGUGGUGAAACCCGUGGAAACGGUGGAAAAGCGGGGUCGCAAGCGCAAAGAUGCCGAUUCAGUAGAUUCAAAGAAAGACGAUCGCGAAAGUACUGCCGGUUCCGCUAGUAGCAGUGGAGGUGGGGGCAGUAGUACGACUAAACAAGAGAAGCAAGCCACGGUCAGCAAGAAGGAAGACGGAGGUCCUCCUGGAAGUGGCAGUGCAAGUGUUAACAGCGUGAACAGUGGUUCUGGUGGUGGCAAUGGGACAGGUCCGGGCUCAGGGGGGACCCAAAGUGGCAGUAGCAGGAACAUUAGCCCUGCUCGAGGAGUUGCUACAGGAUCGGUACCUGAUUUUCCCAUCGAGGUAGGGGAUAAGCUAAAAGUGUACUACGACGAGCAGAAAGUAACGUACGAGGCAAAGGUGAUCGAGAUCGCCAAACAGGAAGGAAGUCCAAUUUACUUGGUGCACUACACCGGUUGGAAUACGAGGUACGAUGAGUGGGUCCGUAAAGAGCGCAUAGCGGAGAAUUUGACCAACAGCAAAACUAAGAAAGGCAAAUCAUCCAACAAUCCACCGGCUGGCGGAGGAUCCGCCACCAGUAGAUCAUCUUCCAAUGCCGGCGGACUAACGCCUGGUGGUGAUAAAACACCCAAAAUUGGCAAACGUAGCCGCGGUAAUUCAAAGGGCGAUCAGAGCGGUGGGCCAGGUGGCAAUUCGACACCUCGCUCCACCACUCCCAACGUCGGGCGUAACAAAUCCCCGGCAACGCCGUCCAAUCGGCGCCCAAUAACACGUGGUGGAUCAUCCGCCGUUUCCGGUGCGUCGCUGUCCGCCGCCGCUGGAAGGCGCACGUCUAACAAUACUGACAUUUCCUCGUCGCUCUCCGUCCCGACCGAUCCGGAUAACACGAGCGAUACCGACUCGGACGAGCCGAUGAUGAAAAAGUGCACUACCAACAGCACCUCGUCGACUACCUCGUCCAACUCGUCGAUCUCGAUUCUGUCCACCAGCACGAAAGUAAGUACAACUGCCGAGGCCGGUUCUUCGUCCGAUGCCGCGGCCAUAUCGGACGAGUUUUCCAACGGAGCAACCAAGGGUGGUGGUCGUGACUAUGAUCUCAAUCAAAUUCGUUCUGAACUGAAGGGCUUCAAGGAUUUAAAAUCACCCGGCUCUCCAGCUUCUGACACGACCACAACAACUACUACAACUGCAGUAGCAUGUGAAGGAUCGUCCGGUCCACGAUCUUCCACGACAGAUGUACCUAAGCAUCUCAUUCCGAAGCAGGAACCAGCGUGCGAGCGGAAUGUCCUGUCAGCGUCCACGGAUACAGCCGAAUCGAACUCUACGAACACCAGUACGCUGGUAACUGUGAAGAAGGAGAUAGCCAUUCCAGUAGCAGUGAAAGAAGAAGAAUCCACUGUAACCGAAGAAGAUGACGAAGUGGAAAAGUCGUCGGAAUCGGAAACACUCAGCGAGGAAGAUUCAUCCCAGUCGUCUAACAAAGCAUUUUCCAGCUCGCCGAUCACGACAAUGGUCGAUUCGGAUACGGCCGAGACACCGUUGGCCAAUACGAACGUAUUAAGUCCAAAGACUUCCGAUUCGCCUGCCCCCAGCGUCGAGCGGGAUGAUUCAUCUUCAACCGAACCGCUCAUUACCGUGGUCAACAAGGCAGCAGACAUGAAGGCGUCACUCGAAAAAUGUGCGGUCAGCGUUAAAAAGGAAACCAUAGAUCCGUCGAUGGCGGACAAAAUGUCUACUAGCCUGGCAUCGUUGGCAGGAAAACCACCGAUCAAGACGUACGGAACAGCGGCUACAAUCAUCGCCAAUGCCGAAAAGAUGGCCUUCUCUUCUUUGAGAGACGGCCCGUCGGACAGCGAAGUAAAACCGCAGAUCGUAGUAGCAUCACACAAAGAUUCAGAAACGCAACAAAAACAUCUUCAACACUUGUCUCCUGCUUUGGCGACAAGUCCACAAAUCGGGCCAUCGUCCGCAUUAUCUACAAGAGCGAAAGGAGGUAUAUUGGAGGAAAAAGUCUCGUCUGGCACUAAUAUGACAUCGCCUCUAGGAGCAGGAAAUCGAACGACACCCGCGACAGCAACAGGCACAAAAGUAGGAACUGGCACAUCCCCGUCGGGGACAGGAGGAAACAAGGAUGAAUCCACAGUGCAGAGCGUUACAGCUGCUACCGGAGCUAGUAAUAGAAUUUUAAAAUCUGCUGCCUCGAUGCAACCAAUAGUGCCCGCUGUCUCAUCAGAUGAUAACAGUUCCUCUAGCAAAGGCUUGCAGAACUUGGCCUCGUCGGGACCCUCUCACACUAGUUUUGGAAUGUUGCGAUCUGAGAAGAAACAAUCAUUGGCCCAAUUCGCUGGGGUCGGCUCAACGAUUUCGGGAACGGACAAGAAACCUACUCUUGGCAGAGAGGGAAUGUCAGCAUUCUCCACGACAACAGGGUCUUUAUCGGUGCAUGGUGGCACUACGGCGCCAACAACAGCGACCGUACCUGUAUCUUCGGCAUCCUCCUUAAAACAUGGAGGUUCUGGACCGUUAGGAGAAAAGAAGCACUUUUCUUCCUCGACACUAACCCCGGCGCAGAAUAAACUCCUUAGCAAAGAGGCGUUGUCAAUCAAAUCUAUAUUUGAGUCGACCGCCAACCGGAUGGAUGAAAAGAUUUCCGACGUGUAUGAAUUCGAAGAUGAGUACGAUGAGCAAACCCCAAGCGGUACUAUAAGCGGUAACGGUACUGGUAGCUCAACUAGCACAUCCGUAAGUGGCCCUCGCAAGCUCGUUUCGGAUGUGCCUCCUGCCGAAGUGGUUAGCUCAAUGUCCCUCACUUCGGUAUCCUCUGGAUCUUCCACCGGCGGUGGGCUUCUUGGUGAGGAGAAGCGCAAGAAAUCAUUGCAAAGAAAGACACAAAUGACGUCCUCCGAUCCGCUAGACAUUGGUAUAGGAACCGGACUCUACAGUGCAGCAAAGCGUGCGAAAAAACCAUCCCCGAUCAAAACCGAACCGGUGGCAACGGAGACAAAGUCACCGAAAGUAGGAGGUCUGGUACGGCGCGAUCAAAAGGAAAAAGAAGAUCAGCAGAAGGAGCAAAAGAGUUCGGUCGGAGGUGAACCAGUAACAGGUGCAGAAUCUUCAGGACUCCGAUCGUCAGCCGCUAGUGAAUCAUUGAAGGAGAAAUCUUCGCAGAAGGUGAACGUUUCAGCGGCAGCUACGGUGUCUUCAUCGAUCUCUGCGAUGUCGACAGGCUUUGUGCAAACGCCCAUAAAGCAUGAUUCAACGUUCGACGUGUUGCGGAAGUCCCCAAGCUUUAACUUGGUAACGCCAGGCCAACCGGGAAUAAAGGAGGAAACUCUAAAAGGUUCAGAAGAAAGCGAAACAAAGCCGACGCCUCCGCCAGCGACGGUAACCACAACGCCAGGUAUUUUUACGCCGGUUAUAUCGGUAACAUCGAACGUCGGCAGCUCGGUCAACGAUCGGUCAAUUUCGUCGGUCCUCUAUCCAUACGGAAAGGGGCCAUCCACUUCCGUCCUUUUAGCGAAGGCAGGUGAUGAUAACGCGAAAGAAGAACCAACGCUGGAAAACUGUAAAAAGUACUUCAACGAUAUGAAUUUUGAGUUCGAAACACCAAACGUGAAGAAACCGCCAUCAAUCGCGGACAAGGUGUUGAAAGCAUUGAGUCAACAGCAGCAACAACAAAACCAACAGCAAGUAAUUAAAUCGGAAAAACCAGACUUUCCAAAGUACAUGCCGAGCUCCAUGCAUCAUACAAAUAAGCCACCUGCAAUCACAAGUUCCGCAUCAUCGUCUUCAGUGGGUGCUGGCUUGGAAUCGGGCAACACGAUGUCUUCCGUUACUGCAAUGUCGUUAGCUCAUACGAUGACAAAGUCGGAUUUAAUGAGCAGCAAUACUAGCACUGUGUCUUAUUCCACAUCGAUCACGGGAGCGCUACCAGCGAAGGCGACGGGCCAGGUGGCAAACGAGACACAUUUAAGCAAGAGCUCGGAACAUGUAAUUACGGCCAGUCUAGGCAUCAAGAAGGAAGCUGACGAGUCCUUUACGCCCGUAACAAAAUCGUCUCCGAUCGGUGUUGAUUCGAAGACGAACAUUCCAACGGUCCUUCAACAGUCUUCGCAAGGUGCGCUAACUCCAGCCUCUCAAAAUUCCGGAGCCCAUAAGCUGCAUUUGCUCGAACAAAUUCCUACAUCUCGCAGCAAUGAUCUGACCGAGUCGAUACGCAAGCUGGAUCCGGAUCCAAGGUUUAUACAUGACGAUGAAUCCACGGAUAGCAACGAUUCGGAACAUCGAUUGAUAAUCGAGGAUGCCGAAUCCCAAGGCAGCGGUGAGCCUGUUUCCACCGGUAUCGGAGCACCAACGGCACAUACUCCGACAGCAGCAUUGGUUAUGAACUCGCCAGGCACAACGGCAGUGAUUGUACACUACGACAGCAAACAGCCCGUUCCACCGUCGGUGACCUCAGCCAAAAAAGAACUCUUUGAGGAAAAACCACGCACAAAUGUUCCAUCGAUAACGCACGAAAUGGCUUCGGCUGCUUCGGCCGCGGCCGUGGCGGCUGUCGCGGGCAAAGAAAAGCUAGUCUUGAAGCAUGAAAGGUCAGCAACCAUCGAACAUCCGGCGUUGUCUUCCGUGCAAGUCAAGGACGAAAUAGUGAAACCUGUCAUGGCAGGUUCUACGGCGGUGACGAGCGUAGGCGAAAAGAAAACUUCAGUUGGAGCAAAGCAGAGCCUACUAGAAACGAUCAUACAGAUGAACACCGCAAGCCGUGGAAUGAGCUCAGAGGAUUACUUGAUGCUUAAAGUGCAUGAACAGCAGCAACGAGAGGGCACUGGAGCUGAAAGUCGGAAGGACGUCCCAUUGCCUGUGCAGCACUCCGAAAGUAAAGUAUCCACGUCGGCGUCCGUUAUAACAUCCACAGGACCAAGCGAAUCGGUUGUCACAGUAACACCAUCGCUCUCUCAACAAGGGCAAAGUUUGGGCGAAGAUAAAACGCAAUUGCCGGCGGUUCAGCAUCCCCAAUCUCAACCGCAGCAGGCACCAAACAAUGAAUCGCUCUCAUUGUUGUUGUGCGAGGAAACAAUUCCCGGAUCUCCAGCACCGAAAGAUCACGAUCGUUUACCGCCUUCUACGGUGGGGCGGAAGGUAUACGCUGAACCACCGCUUGCAAUAUCGACGUCGUCGUCGUCCUCCUCUUCCUUCCUACAACCACAAACAGUACAAACCGCGACCGAUCUGAAGCCAGUGCCGAUGGAUCUGGAGCCGCCUGUUAUGACGAUAACGAUAGGAGGCAAUACAACGAUUAGCAGCAGUAGUCAAAACGCGCAAACUGCAGGUGGAGCUUCAGCAGGAAUUGGUGGCUCGUUUAAUUCCACUAUACAGCAAGCACCGCAACAGCAGCAGCAACAUCAACAGAUUUUGCGAGGUAAAAUAGGCCCCAGCGGUGGUGGAGGAGAGUCUGCUGUCGAUACGCCCAACAGCUCUCCGAGGGAUUCAGUUAGUCAAGAUGAGACACAUGAUCAAGAAUCGUCUCCGGUUAAGAAACGUCGGCAACGAAAGCCCAGUGAAGAGCCAACACUUAAGCGCAGACGGACGACGAAUAUCAACCAAGGUGGCUAUGGAAGUGCAAAUAAUGGUUCCAGCGGCAGCUACGGUCGCAACCAGCGGGGGAUAAAUACAAGCAAUGCAACUGACAGUGAAGAUAACUCGGACACCAUCGCCGCAUUACAACGAUCAUCUUCAUCGUCUCUGGUAUUUAUUGGCAGCAAAUCUGGAAGGCCAUGUCAGUACAACUUCCUGGUCAAUUUGGAUCCUUCUCUCAACAACAAUCAACGGAUAGCGAUAAUCAAGAAAAAGAUACAGGAGCUUCGAAAAACGUACAACGCUAUUAAAGCCGAACUGGCUAGUAUCGAUCGUCGGCGGAAGAAGCUGCGGCGACGAGAACGUGAAAAUAAGAAACAAGCCAAACUGAACAGCGUCAGCGCCAACAAUUAGGUCGCAAAAUUGUGGUUCUUCUGCUUUUGUUAAUCCUUUUUUAUUUGCAGAGAUAAUUGAAGAGUCGUUCGUGAUUGGGAGGGGGUAGUAAUACCACCGGUUGUGUUAAGAUCCGUAGGUCGGACAAGCAGCCUUUCCCGAUUGAUAUCAAGUGUCUGUUUGUACUUCUUUUAACCAGGUUUUCACGCACCAACAAACAAUUGGGCAUCUGUACAUUUUCUAUGAUUUUAUUUGUUGUUUUAGUUUUGAUAGAAGUUUUUG